GACUUCCCUCUGCCCACCCCAGUGUGGGCAUGCCAGGAAUGUACCUGCCACACCUCAGAGGAGGGGCCCCACAGGCCUGGCCCAGGAAGAGUGGACAGCAGGGGAGAGGAAGCCUUUUGGAGAGGGUGCCUGGUUGGGGUGGGGGACAGUGAGGGAAACCUCAAAGUCCUAGCCCUUUCCAGGAGCCAUACUUGUCAGCUGCCCUUCUGGAAUUCAAAUCUGCGGGGCGGUGUCUGAGGGCUGCCCCAACUCCUCUUUCCCCCAUUCUCCCUGGCUCUAGAACUGGAAUGGGGUCACCCCCUUGUCACUCGGGCUCCUGAACGGGCCACCUCUCAUACCCCAGUCCCCUCUUAGAGUCAGUGCCAUAAUCAUCACCCACAAAGACCCCAAGCAGUGACACCGUUUUUGCUAGUUUCCCCCUCCCCCCAUCUUCUAACCACGGAAUCCGCCCCGCCCCCCCAACCUUCCCUGCUGUGGCCCUUAGACCCCGUCCCCCACGGAGUCCCGCGGUUCUGCAAUCCCAAACACCCCGCUCCAGCCUCACACUCUUCCACUCAAGAGUAGCAGAGUGUCAGGGCCCUAGCCUUACCCAGGCUCCCCCUGGCACCCUGAACUGCUCUCCUGGGCGGGGUGGGGUGGGGCGGAGCAACCCGGGAGCUUUAAAGAGCCCCAAACAUAGUCUCCACCCAAGCCUGCUGCAUCUAUCCCGCCGGACAUCAUGGCCGAGAAUCCCAAACUCCAGCUGUUUGUCAAGGCCAGUGAAGAUGGUGAGAGUGUAGGGAACUGCCCCUUCUGCCAGCGCCUCUUCAUGAUCCUGCUCCUCAAAGGUGUCCCCUUCACUCUUACCACGGUGGACACCAAGAGGUCAUUGGAUGUGCUGAAGGACUUUGCCCCCGGCUCCCAGCUGCCCAUUCUGCUGUAUGAUGGAGAAGCCAAGACAGAUAACAUCCAGAUUGAAGAGUUCCUGGAGGAGAUCCUGGGGCCCCCCAAAUACCCCAGCCUGGUUCCUCGGUAUAAGGAGUCUAACAUGGCCGGUAAUGAUGUCUUCCACAAGUUUUCAGCAUUCAUCAAAAACACUUCUCCUUCUCAGGAUGAAGCCUUUUAUAGGCCCCUGCUUCGUGCCCUGGUGAAACUGGAUCACUAUCUGAACACACCCCUGGAGCACGAGCUGAUCCGGGACCCGAAGCUCACUCAGUCCAGGCGUCACUUCUUAGACGGCGACCAACUCACCUUGGCGGACUGCAAUCUCUUGCCCAAGUUGCACAUCAUCAAUACGGUGUGCACCUAUUAUCGACAGGCACCCAUCCCUGCUGAGCUCCAGGGGCUCCACCGAUACCUGGAAAAUGCAUUGCAGGUGAAGGAGUUCAAGUACACCUGUCCACACAGCUCAGAGAUCCUGGCUGCCUACGCGCCUGUGGCCAGAGCUCACCCCCCUGUGGGGCGCGCUCGCUGAGCUCUGCCCCCCCAAUGGAAUCCAUCCCAUUUGGCCUUCCCCAUCGCCCUGCUGCUCCUCCCUACACCUGCCUCUGGCACACGGACUUGCUCAUGCGUCGCCUCCCUCUGUGAGCACACAACCCAACCCACUGCUCCUCCACCAUUUUGUGCUUUUCUUCCAAAGCUGGCUGAAGCCAGGCCUUCCAGGAUUCCCUCUCUGAUGGCUACUCCUGGACUGGCCUGCCUCCCUCCUAGUGGCCUUGCACUCCUGGGUUGGCUCAGACUGUUCAUUUGCUUCGGAGGAGAGUCUUUGGUCACGUCUGUGUGCAGGUGUGACUCAUCCUCCUGGGGGCAAGGGCUGUGAACAGGCCCCGAUUACAGCCUCACCCCCAUCCCUGACCUGACCCCAAGUCGGCCCCCCUAGUCCUGGGGCCAUUCCUGGACUCUCCCGAUGACCUCUGGCUCUGCCUUCUACUCAGGCACCUCAGGAAUGGCACACACCCAAUACCUGUUAUCCCAGCACUAACACCCAUGGCGGGGCGGAGGCUCCCUCCCAGACACAGGGGGGAAUGAGGGCCCAGCCCCUUUGUAACUCUGCCCAGGGACCUGGGAGACCAGAAACGCAGCUCAAAACCAGUUGGGCUGGGGUGAGAACAGCAGCAAAGCUCUAGGGAGGCCAGGUGACAGGGCAGGGCGCAGAGGCCACCUCCCUGGGCCGGGUGGGGAGAAGAGUAAGAUUGUGAAUGUUCCCAGCCAGCUUGACCGCAUUCCCUGGCUCCUCUCUCCCAAUCCUAUCAGCUCAACCAGCUUGUGCUUCGGAAUCCCCUGGCCUGCCUCAGGCAUUUCUGGGGCUCUGGGAUAGUAGACCCCACUGGGGUAUGUCCCUGUUGCUCUGCUAACUGUGUGACUGUCCAGCCACAUGGAAUACAUCCGUCCGUCCGUCCGGUGGCUAAAGUCCUCUCCAGGUGUGGGGAGAGAUGAGGCUACGUUUGCAGACUCCUCAGCCUCAGGUUCGUGAGGACUGUGCUACUAGACAGGAUCAGAAGAGUUAGGUUCCCAAUUGCUGUGUGUAUCCUGUCCCUUCUCCUGAAAUCAGAACACAGGCUCAACUUCUGGCUUGGACAUUUAAUAGCUUUUUGUUUGGCCACUUCAAAGGCUCUUCCAGACUCAGUUUACUCACUUGUAAAGAUAACACUUCACUACUUAUAAAACCAGGCUGUUGUGAGGAAAGCGCAUCGUAAUUUUAAGGCAAUAUAAAAGAAACAUGAGCCAUUAAAUCCAAAUUGUUUCUGUCUACAUAUUUGUGUAUGGGAAACUGUAGACUGUAUGUGUAUUUACAAGUGUCUAUAUACAUAUCUUCAUGCCACUCUC